UCUACUGCACAGCCUGUGGAGGACAGUGGGGCACACACUGUCUUGCUAGCUAAAGCUACCGUUGAAAACGUCGACCUGAGGGGGACUGUUAUGGUAGAAGUGACCAUAUCCCCCUUAGCUUCCAGUUAUGUCUAAAACCUCAAAACUUGUACUUGGCGUGUCUUUUGUGCUUACACUGAGUACCGUGGCGGGAGUACAUUUAAAGCAAACCUGGGAUCGAGAGAGACUUCACGAGGGUGUACUCCGAGAUCUUGAACGUAUGGAAAGAAAAAAAGAGAAUCUGAGAGUACUUGAAGAACAAAGAACUUUAACCAAGGAGCUUGAGGCGGAGCGUGACCGAAGGGCGGCAGCUCUCCAGCGCCCCGAUCAGCCACACGCCUAA